AUGAACGCAGCAGAACGCCUUGGAGCCGCGUCCAAGUUUUUACUUCAAUCACCUCCGGGAGAGAUCAACGAUGUCCUCAACGACGUGCGCAACAUCAUCUCGGACGAUGAGUCACUCCAGGAGGGUGUCCUUCCUGCAUUGCGCGAAUACAACCUCGCGCAGUUCAUUACUGCAGACGUUCCGGGCCACAACCACCAUUCCAUCAUCAGUGCUGCUGCAAGAGUCGUGAAGGCGGAUCAAGAGGAAGGCGAGAACAUAGACCGGUUCUGGGAUCCUCGCUCGAGGACGAGCUUCCGUUUUGAUCAUCUGAGCCUCGAAACCUCUGAGCCAGAACCUUACGAGCCGGACGCGGAGUCAGAGCCCUUCAGAUCGGCCCUCGAGACGUCAACGCUGUCGUACCUUGGUGCACAUUACCAUGGCGGCGUCGCAUCCGUAUUUCCUGCACCUCAAUCUACAACGCGCUUCUUUAUACAGAUUGUCGCCAACAAGUACAACCCAUCGAAUUUCUGGUCCGGGCGAUGGCGCUCGGAAUAUAUCCUGGACCUAGAGGAGAAACAGCUGAAGGGAAAGAUCCAAGUAAACGUGCACUACUAUGAACAGGGGAACGUCCAGCUCUCUACAACACACGAUGCUGACCUUCCUCUGCCUCCGAUGAUCACUCCGUCCAAUACCUCGUCUGCAUCAAAAGUCCUUGCGCUCAUCGAGGCGGAAGAGGGAAAAUACCAGGCAUCGCUCAGCGACGCCUACGCCGAGAUGGGCGAGAAGACGUUUAAGGGCCUCCGGCGCGCGCUGCCUAUGACUCGUUCAAAGUUGGAUUGGGAUAAGGUGUUGGGCUAUAAGCUCGGAGCUGAAUUAACAUCGGGAAGAGGUGGUUUCGGGGCGUCAUAG